AUGGAUGCUCAGCAACUAUUCCCCGCUUCCGGCUCGAAAGUGGAUCGUUCAACCAUAGACAGUGCGGUAAAUGCCUUGAUAAUAUACAAGGCCAAGGAAUCUGCCUCCCAAAAGCCGCAGCUUCUUCCUCAAGAUGACUAUAUCUACCUCAACCUCACGCUAAAGAAAAUCCCAACAAACCCACCCACAAGUCCCCUCAAAAUCCCCCUUCCACAUCCCCUCUUAGACCCCACGUCCGAGCUUUGCUUAAUUAUAGACGACAGGGCGACCUCCCCAACCCCUUCCUCGGAAGAAAUCAAGAAAUUGAUCAAAUCUCAGAAUAUACCUGUCUCCAAGGUGCUUAAAAUAUCCAAACUGAAGACAAACUACAAGCCUUUUGAGGCAAAGAGGAAGCUUUGCAAUAGCUAUGAUCUAUUUUUGGUUGAUAAAAGGGUCGUUCAUUUGCUGCCCAAGCUGUUAGGCAAGCAAUUUUUCAAGAAAAAGAAGUUACCUUUGGGGGUAGAUUUGAGUAAGAAAAAUCUGAAGGCCCAAGUGGAGAGGUCUCUAGGGAGUGCGCUGUUGUAUUUGAGGACCGGGACUUGUUGUGUGAUGAGGGUUGGGAAGGUGGCUAUGGAGAAGGAGGAGAUUGUGGAAAACAUUGCUAGCUUGGUUGAGGCGGUGGCCGAGAGGGUGCCUAAAAAGUGGAAUGGUGUGAGGAGUUUGCACCUAAAAUUCUCUGAUUCAAUUGCAUUGCCAAUUUACCAGGCAUUGCCCGACAUGAAGUUGAAAAUUGACGGGAUGAGGGAGAGUAAGAAGGGAGUUGAGGAAGUAAAGAUGGAUGAUAAUGAGGAUGAAGAGAAAGAAAGUGGAAGGAAGGAUGGUGGAAGUGGGAAAAAGAAGAAGAAGAAAGGGAGGAUUCACGAGGUUCGGUAUAUGGAUGUUGGAGAUGAAAUGGUGAAUGAUGAGAAUGAGGUUGAUGAUGAAGCGACAAUGAAUGAGGAUGACGAUGAGCAUAAGGGGAAAGAAGUGGAUUUGAUGGAGGAAAAUAGUGAGGAUGAGGAUUUGAUUGAGAGCAGUCACGAUGAUGAUUUGGGUGGUAAUGAACUUGGGGGAAAUAAAAGGAAGAAGAAAAAGGCAGCGAAGGCAAGGGAUUUAAGCAGCGUGAAUGAGGAGAAGGAAAUGAAGAGAAAAGCAAUAACAAAUAGAGGGGCCGAGAAGCUGAAAAAAGAUGGGUUAGUGGGAAAUAAGGGGUUGAGAAAGACUGGGAACAAGAAAGAGGCAAGGGAAGGAAUUACCAAGGUGAAAGAUAACAAAAGCAAGAAAAGAGUGUCAACAAAAUGA